CAAGGGAGGCUGUGAAGUGUGCUACUGCUGCUGCUAUUGCCAGUGCUGUUUGCCAUACAUACCUGCUUAGCUCCGGGGAAACGAUGGGAUUGAUAAUCCUCUCUUUUGGAAAAACCUUUCAUCACAGAGAUUCAUUUCAGCUUUAAACAGUGGUAUUAAAAGUCAGCUUGUGCGCACUAGAAUAAAAUUUUUAUAAAGGAACCUUAUGCAUCAUGGAUUCUCUACCUGAAGAGAUUUUUGUAAGGGAUUCUGCUGUGGAGGAGCAAAAGGAAGAGGAAACUAAGGAUGAGCUAGAAAAAUCAUCUGAUCAACUGGACAAACAGGAAAAGGACAUACCUACUGAUCUUGUAGCUGUUAACCUACUAUUAGAAGUGAAGAAGUUAUUAAAUGUUAUUAGUACCCUACCAAAAGGUGUGGUUCCUCACAUUAAGAAGUUCUUACAAGAAGAUUUUUCCUUCCAAACUAUGCAGAGAGAAGUUGCAGCUAACAGCCAGAAUGGGGAGGAAGUUGUUCCUGCUUUGACUUUACGUUUCUUGAUAACACAGCUGGAAGCAGCGCUUAGGAACAUUCAGGCUACUAAUUAUACUGCACACCAGAUGAAUAUUGGUUAUUAUUUGACAUUAUUAUUUUUAUAUGGGGUAGCACUCACUGAAAGAGGAAAGAAAGACGAUUAUACAGAUGCUGAGAAUAAAUUUCUGGUGAUGAAGAUGGUGAUCCAAGACAAUGAAAUUUGUGAAAACUUUAUGUCUUUAGUCUAUUUUGGACGUGGUUUACUUCGAUGUGCUCAGAAAAGAUGUAAUGGAGGACUGCUAGAAUUUCAUAAAAGCUUACAGGAAAUUGGAGAUCCAAAUGAUCAUUGGUUUGACAUUGAUCCCACAGAAGAUAAGGAUUUAUCUACAACUUUUGAACAUAUUCUUAACAAUUUUAUCAAGACAACUGAGAGUAAUAUAAUGAAGCAGACCAUUUGUAGUUAUCUAGAUUGUGAGCGAUCUUGUGAAGCUGACAUUUUAAAGAACACCAGUUAUAAGGGAUUUUUUCAAUUAAUGUGCAGUAAAAGUUGCUGUAUUUAUUUCCAUAAAAUUUGCUGGAAAAAGUUCAAGAAUUUAAAAUACCCAGGUGAAAAUGAUCAGAGUUUCAGUGGGAAAAAAUGUUUGAAGGAAGGAUGUACAGGUGACAUGGUAAGGAUGCUGCAAUGUGAUAUACCUGGAAUUGUUAAAAUUUUGUUUGAAGUUAUAAGAAAAGAUGAAUAUGUAACCAUUGAAAAUUUAGGAGCAAGUUAUAAAAAAUUGAUGUCUCUGAAAAUAGCUGAUACUGAUAUAAGACCGAAGAGCAGUUUAAAAUGUAAUACAAAAGAUGAAAUGCCUAUCUUCAAACUUGACUAUAAUUACUUCUAUCAUCUACUUCAUAUAAUUAUUAUUUCUGGUACUGACAUGGUCCGGCAAAUAUUUGAUGAGGCUAUGCCCCCCCCUCUUUUGAAAAAAGAGCUUCUUAUACACAAGAAUGUUCUGGAAUCCUACUACAAUCAUCUUUGGACUAAUCAUCCUUUGGGUGGAUCAUGGCAUCUGCUUUAUCCCCCAAACAAGGAGCUACCACAGUCCAAAAAGUUUGACUUAUGCCUUCUACUAGCUCUCAUAAAACAUUUGAAUGUGUUUCCUGCACCUAAAAAAGGCUGGAAUAUGGAGCCACCACCUUCUGAUCUCUCUAAGUCUGCAGACAUCCUGAGGCUGUGCAAAUACAGGGAUAUCCUCCUUAGUGAGAUUCUGAUGAAUGGUCUCACUGAGUCACAAUUCAAUUCAAUUUGGAAAAAAGUUUCAGAUAUUCUUCUGCGCCUUGGGAUGAAGCAAGAAGAUAUUGAUAAAGUGAAGGAGAAUCCCAUUGAAAAUAUCUCACUUGAUUACCAUCAGCUAUCCAUCUACCUAGGCAUACCAGUACCAGAAAUUAUACAGAGGAUGUUGUCCUGCUAUCAACAAGGAAUUGCUCUACAGUCAAUAACAGGCAGUCAGCGAAUUGAAAUAGAAGAGUUACAGAAUGAGGAAGAAGAACUAAGUCCACCUAUCAUGGAAUACAAUAUAAAUGUGAAAUCAAACCCUGAAAUACAGUUUGCAGAAAUGAAUAAAGAUGGAACCUCAAUACCUAGUGAAUCUUCAACAGAAUCUACUAAAGAUCUCCAGGAAGUUAAGAGCAAACCUAACAGAAAGAAAAAGACGAAGAAUAAAAAGAAUAAGGACUCAAAAGAGGAGCAAGUUACAUUUAUGGCAGAAAAAGAAGAGCAGUUGAAAAAAGAACAAGCAAAUCCACAUUCAGUCAGUAGAUUUAUGAGAGAUGAUGCAAACGAUAUUCAAGAAGAUUCUGCAACUGAAGACAGGUUCUAUAGCCUGGAUGAAUUGCAUAUUCUGGACAUGAUAGAGCAGGGCUCAACUGGCAAGGUAACCGCAGACUGUGGAGAAACUGAAAAAGAAAGGCUUGCUUGUCAACGGCAGCUUUAUAAAUUGCACUAUCAGUGUGAAGAUUUCAAAAGACAAUUGAAAACAGUGACUUUUCGGUGGCAGGAAAAUCAAAUGCAGAUUAAAAAGAAAGACAAAAUUAUUGCAUCUCUUAACCAACAAGUGGCUUUUGGAAUCAAUAAGGUUUCCAAAUUACAGCGUCAAACCCAUGCUAAAGAUAAUGAAAUCAAGAACCUUAAAGAACAACUUUCCAUGAAAAGAUCUCAGUGGGAAAUGGAGAAACAUAAUCUGGAAAGCACAAUGAAAACAUACUUAAGCAAACUGAGUGCAGAAACUAGCAGAGCUUUAACAGCAGAGGUGUAUUUCUUACAAUGUCGUAGAGAUUUUGGUUUGCUUCAUCUAGAGCAGACUGAAAAGGAGUGUCUCAGUCAGCUUGCCAGGGUGACUCACUUGGCAGCAAGUAACCUAGAAUCACUUCAGUUAAAGGCUGCAGUAGACAGUUGGAAUGCCAUUGUGACAGAUGUUAGAAACAAGAUUGCGUUCCUCAGGACACAGUACAAUGAACAAAUCAACAAAGUAAAGCAAGGGUUUGCCUUGAGUACUUUGCCGCCAGUUCAGCUUCCUCCACCACCACCCAGUCCUGAGAUACUGAUGCAGCAGUUUUUGGGAAGACCCAUUGUGAAAGAAGCUUUGUUUAGGCCCAUACUUACUGUUCCUCAAAUGCCUGCAGUUUGCCCUGGAGUCAUCUCUGCACCUGGCCAACCUAGAGCCCCCCUUACGACUGGCAUAGCCUGGACUGUGCCAACACCCGUGGGAGAGGCUGUGCCUUCCAGUGCAGGUUUGGGAAGUGAUCCUUCUAUGAAGAGCUGGGAAAAGAUUACAGACAGGCUGAAAACUGCCUUUCCACAACAAACCAGAAAGGAGCUUACAGAUUUCUUACGAAAAUUAAAGGAUGCACAUGGAAAGUCCUUAUCUGGACUGACAUUUGAUGAAAUUGUUUGUAAGAUUUCCCAAUUUAUUGACCCCAAGAGAUCUCAGACUCAAGGAAAAUCAGCGCCGAAUGGUAAUUGUGUUUCACCUAGCCAUUCUCCAACGCAGCCUAAUCCUGCCCAGCCUGAAAAAACAACCUGGAAACCCAACAGUGCACAGGAUCCUGCCACAUGGGAAGGAGCCAAUAAUUUGGAGGAGGAAGAGGAAGAGGAACCAUGUGUGAUCUGUCAUGAGAAUCUGUCUCCAGAAAACCUUUCAGUUUUGCCUUGUGCCCACAAAUUCCACUCUCAGUGCAUUAGACCAUGGUUGAUGCAACAGGGGACAUGCCCAACCUGCAGACUCCACGUUUUGCUACCAGAAGAAUUCCCUGGUCACCCCAGCCAGCAGUUGCCCAAGAUCUGAUACAAGGGGGUGACUAUUAAAGGAAGCUCAGUUUUCAGACUCCAGAGCUUAUAUCUGCCUCUUACUAUGAGCUGGUUGUAUAAGUGGUGUGAUGCUGUAUUCGCUUCAGUAUAGUGCUAAAAAAACUGGCUAAUGUCAUCAAAGUGACAGCCAAAGUGGUCAGGACAAAUCAUCAGGACUUGUGAACUGCGCUGAAGAUCAGUUUUAAAAAGAUGCAAUUUUAAUAGUUACAUUAUAUGUGUUCUUAUCUUAGUACUUUUUUCUUCUAAUGUAAACGUAACUGUUAGUAUAUUUCUUAGGAUAUCUUUUUUCAUUCUUAUUCCACAUGUUUUACUCUUCCUUAAGUAUUCUACAGUUUAAUUUCAUGAAAUAAAUUUAAGAGGAAAAGAGGAAUAGUAAAGAAGUAGGAAACACCAUAGAUCUUAAGUGUCCUUCUAACUUUUAAACUACCUAUAAAAAGUAUAAUUGAAUUAUUUAAAUUUUAUUUCUAUUUUCCCCAUUCUUUUCUGUCCUCUCACAUAUGUGCCCAUGAAGAGAUUAUGAGCUACUUGAAGGUAGAGCCCAUACAGUGGUAUGUUAGAGCUGGCUUUUAAUAGUUCAUGAGAGAUGAUCAUUAAUGUGAGGAAUUUUGUAGGUCAGUUGUCAAAUUGUUGGUAGCUUGAAAUCUGCCAUAGUGAGAGUAUUUACACCACCGAAAUAGGUAAAUACUGUAAGUAAAGACUUGUCUUUUACUCAAUAGUUGUCUGUUAAAUAUUUACCAGCCAGCACACCAUCAAACCUUGAGUGAUCCUUCUUUGUUUUCCCAGUAUCUUACACAGUAGUUGCAGAAUAAAUAUUCUCAGAAUCAGAAAUCAGGAAGUAGUAAGAAAGGGGGUUAGUAUGCACAUUAAGUCACUUGCUCAGUUGAAUAAUUGAGAUCUUAUGUUCAUUUGUAAAGGUGUUCUUUGGACCUUGAUCAUUUGCUUUUUUGAGGGUUAUUUCUUAUGCUUUAAAAGUCAGUGAUAUCAUUUUCUUGUGCUGGGGAAAGGAAGAAACUAUUUUUAUGUAGUUGCUUCUUGUGACAAAGUUGAUACUCACUGGGCUAAAUUGUAUAUCUAAAGCUUGUCACUGAAAGCUUUUUUUCUUAGAGGUCAAAAGCCUAUUUUGAAAAUAGUACUGUGUAAAUGCUGUAAGUGUUGUACAUGUCUCUAGCUUCAAAAUUAAAAGUAUCAGAGUUACCUUGUGAAGCAAGCAUUUCUUGGUUCAUGUUCAUAGUCUCAAGUUCAUUAAUGUGUGGAAAAUAUUAAGUGUCUCCUGACUCAGCAACCAUUUUAUCUCUAUAUUUCAGUUUAAGUAUUUUGAAGUUACUUUAAAUCUCUAUUUAAAAGUUCUGUUUCAGUAAUUGUAUGCUAAAUGUUUUCAUCUAUAUUGAGAAUAGGCUGGAAAAUGUAAGGGAAAAUAUCCAAAAAGAUGGCAGUCAUCUAGACACAUAAAAUGCCAAGAAUAUCUCAGAAUUGCAGAAUUUAGAAUUUAUAGAGCCUUUAAUCACCAAUCUUGCCUAGCACCUCAACCACAUAGCAAAUUAUCUUAUAAAACAAAUGUUUAUUAGUUCAUGUUUAUAACUGCAAAUACACUUUCAUGUGGAAAAGAAUGAAUGUUUCUUAAUUACACAACUAUUUUAUCUGUGUAUUUCAAUGUAAAUGUAUUCUGAAAGUAUACUUUAAUGUAUGUAUACUUUAAAUCUCUACUUCAGAUGUCUAAUUCUGUUUAAUUCUGUUUAAACUUUUUCUUCUGUUUUGAGAAUAGAUAGAAAAAUGGGAAGGAAAAUAUCCAAGGUGUCAGUCAUCUAGACUUGUCAAAUGCCUAAGCUGUCUUGGAAUCAUAGAAAGCCAGAACUCAUCGGGUCCAUAGUAAUCAUCUAAUCUAUACUCUCACUUUACACUUUACAAAACAGAUGUUUUGCCCAAAGUCAUGUGGCUGGAUAAUAGCUAGGCCAGUCCUGGUACUUGAAGGUCCUCAUGCUCCAUUACAUGCUUUCUCCACAAACUUGUACUGUAAGCUGGUACAGGUGUGGACCUGCCGUGCUUAUCUCCAAGGAUGGGGCCAGAGGACUUAGCACAAUAGCUGAUAAGAAUGUAAUAGGACAGUGCUCCUGAAAGGCAUGUCCAGUUCUGCAGGUGCUGAAGGUAAUGAGAUCAUUUUUUUUCUUUUUGACGUAUUAUGUAACAAUAAGGAUAAUUGGAUAAUUUUAGGGGUCAUUCUACCACAAACAGUGGUCACCUAUCUUCUGUGGCUACAGAGGGAUGAUUCAGAACAUUCCACCUUACUGAGAAGUCCAGUGAAGACCAGAAAGCUCUUAAAGUGGCAGUAUUUACAUCAAAACCAAUCUGUUGGUAUCCAGUAAUAUCACUGCAGUUGCUAUUUGCUGUUAGAGGGUAUGUCUUACAAAGUUUUCCUUCAUAUUUAUUUUCCAUGUUCAUAACAUUUUAUACCCUUUCUAGGACACCUUCAAAUAUGUCUGUAUGACUUGAUCCAUGAGUAACUCUGAAGUGAGUCUUAUUAUUCUUAUUUUACAGAUGAUGAGCCUGAGAAAAUAUGUCUAAGGUCAUAGCUACAAAGUGGCAUUCUGGGAUUUGAAUGAAGAUCUUCUGUCCCUUAGUUGAUGUUCUCUUCACAGCUGCAUCCUCAUUUUGGAUUGACUUUGUGCACACACCAAAAAAUAGUAUUUUUAAAAAAUAAUAUUCUUUCAAUUAAGAAAAUUAAACACAUGCUAAACA